GUGCUGAAAGGCUGCAAGAAGCUGAACCUGUCUGUGCACUCGGUGGGACGCAUCCCGGGGGGCUAUGUUACCAACCACAUCUACACCUGGGUGGACCCGCAGGGCCGGAGCGUGUCCCCGCCGACGGGACUGCCGCACCACCAGAACAGCUCCCUGCGCAAGGACAGCGAGAAGAGGAGCCACCUCCAGCUCCUGCAAGAGGGGGAUGAGAAGAAGGUGAACCUGGUCCUGAACGAAGGGAAGUCCCUGGGCCUCAUGAUUCGAGGAGGGGCUGAAUAUUCCCUGGGCAUCUACAUCACCGGCGUGGAUAAAGGCUCCGAAGCGGAGAGCACUGGUUUAAAGGUAGGCGACCAGAUCCUGGAGGUGAACGGCAGGAGCUUCCUCAGCAUCCCCCACGACGAGGCGGUGAAGCUGCUCAAGUCUUCCCGCCACCUCAUCAUGACGGUGAAGGACAUCGGGAGGCUGCCCCACGCCCGCACCACCGUGGACGAGACCAGGUGGAUAGCCAGCUCGCAGAUCGGAGAGACCCUCGUCAGCUCAGCAGGGGCAGUGGGCAACCAUGCUGCGGAGGCGACAGCCAGGCCCGUGUUUUACCGGGGCCUGGCCGGCUCCCAGGUGACGCUGAGCAGCAUGGUGAACCAGACCCGCGUCAUGCUGGAGGAACAGGCACGGCACUUGCUGAACGAACACGAGCGGGCGACCAUGGGGUACUACCUGGAUGAGUAUAAGGAAGGCAACAUCUCCGUGGAUGCUCUGGUCAUGGCACUUUUCGAACUGCUCAACACGCAUGCUAAGUUCUCACUGCUUUCAGAGGUGCGGGGGGUGAUCUCCCCGCAAGACCUCGACCGCUUCGACAACCUGGUGCUGAAGAGAGAGAUCGAGUCCAUGAAGGCUCGGCAGCCCUCGGGGCCCAGCGUCGGCACCGACUCCUACUCUAUGAUGUCCUACAGCGACACCGUCUCUUCCUCCAGCAGCCACUUCACUGCCACCACCGUCAGUUCAGCCCGGGAGCGGCUCUUGUGGCUAAUAGACCUGAUGGAGAACACAUCGGAAUUGGAGGGAGGUGCAGACGGCCACCAAAGCAGUGUCAACACCCUGCCGGACAUCUCCUUGGAUGAUCUCUCCUCCUUCCCAGAUGAACCGCCCAACUUCAAGCCUCCUCCUCCUCCUUCAGCCCCUCAGAUGCUGGACCCCUCUGCUGCCCAGCACAGGAACGCAGGGAAAGACAAGCCCAAGCGCCCUUCCUCCGAGUCCUCUCAGUCCGGCCUCUUCUUCGUAGCCCCCCGAAACCCCACGCCCCCUCCUAGUCACCCUGAGAAGGACACAAUCAGCAUGACCUCCACUGCUACCACGUCUACAGAGGAGUCUGCCCCAAGCCCCAUCUACGCCACCAUUUCCCCAGCCCUGCACAACUCCAGGAG